AUGCUUUCUGGUGAAAACGUUUACAGAGUGAGCAAUUGUCCCAUUCCAUCACAGAUGAUCGGGAUUGGCAUUUUACUGUGUAUCUGUGUAGGCCUAAUCUACGAAACCAUGACGGGAAUAGAUUUUGAGGAAAUGUUGGACAUUGCAAGAAAACACCGAUUUCUAAUUGGUUCACUUGUGGGAAUAGGUGUGAGUUUUACUGCCAUUAGACGAUAUUUUGCUGGAGGUGUUUGUCGCAGCAAAGCAAGACUUGAUGGAAAAACUGUCAUCGUCACAGGAACUAACACAGGCAUUGGGAAAGAGACUGCCAUUGAUCUGGCGUCAAGAGGUGCAAAAGUGAUAUUAGCAUGUCGUGAUGUUAUCAGAGCAGAGAGAGCUGCAACAGACAUCAUGAAGAAAUCCAACAACCGGAAUAUUGUUGUCAAGAUUGUAGACUUGGCGUCCUUAGAUUCCAUCCGCAAAUUUGCUGACAACAUCAACAAAAGCGAGCCUAAAAUUGAUAUUCUUAUAAAUAAUGCAGGCAUAAUGAUGUGUCCAUACUGGAAGACCCAAGAUGGUUUCGAGAUGCAGUUUGGAGUGAACCAUCUUGGUCAUUUCCUGUUGACCAAUCUACUCCUAGAUAAAAUAAAAAGUUCGGCCCCUGCUAGAAUCAUCAAUGUGUCGUCCCAUGCACAUACACAUACCGAUAAAUUAGACUUUGAUGACCUUAACGGUGAAAAAAAUUACAACAGUAUCGCAGUUUACCGCCAGAGCAAACUUGCCAACGUAUUGUUCACGAGGGAGUUGAGUCGGAGAUUGCAAGGAACAAAUGUGACAGCGAAUUCACUACAUCCUGGAGUUGUGGAUACAGAGCUGACUCGUUACCUUCCUCAGAGCGUGCCGUUUUACUUCCGGACCCUGCUUGCCCCCAUCAUUUAUCUCCUCAGCAAAACUCCUUUACAGGGAGCUCGGACCACUAUAUACUGUGCUGUAGAGGAAAGCCUAGCCAAUGUUACAGGGAAAUACUUCAGUGACUGUGCUAUCAAGGAGGAAUCAAAGGCCGCCCUGGAUGACGAGGCUGCUAAGAAACUGUGGGAAGUAUCAGAAAAACUGGUGGGUCUCCGAAAAUGAAAAACCCCGACCCCCAGAGUAGCAAAAUAGGGCGAAU